AUGGCCUCGCGCCACCUGUCCUGGCCGCCGCCGCGGCCUGCCGGGCCCAGGCGCGGCCCGCCCAGGCCCGCGCGGCUGCCCGUCCGCCUCGCCGCGCCCCCGCGCGUCCCCGCUCGCCGGCGUCUCCGAGGGCCGCCGCUCGCCGGCCGCCUCGACCCCGCCACCGGUCGCCCCGGGCCCCGCCUCCUCCGCCGGCCUCCGUCCCGCGCCCCCGCCGCCGUCUGCCUCCCGCGCCGCCGCCUCCUCACCUCUCCGCCCCGCCUCGGCCUUCGCCGCCCGGUGCCGCCCCGGCCUCCUCCAGCCGGCGCCGCCCCGAGGCCGCCGCCCGGCGCUCGCCCGCGCGACGCCUGA